AUGACCCCAAUCCGCCAGUCUAUAAGCCGUCUCGGCGCUCAACACUUGCACGCGGCUCCGUCGAUCGCGCGGCUACAAGCCUCCCGCACCACGCAGCGUAAAUCCUACGCCACCUCACCCAAUGCGCUCGCAGAUAGCAAGGGCACUCCACUCUGGAUGUACGGAAUCAUCGCCGCGGGCGCAGGAAGUAUCCUGUACUUGUGGAAAAAAGGCAAUGCCAAAGCCAAGGCUCAGGCGGGUGCCACGCAAUUGGAGCAUCAGCGUGAUGGUGGUGUGAAAUAA